UCAAGUUGCCAUCUUUCAGUUUCACUAGUUCCUUCUAAAGAGAGGGGAGUCCUUUCUUCUGUGGAUGAACGAAACACACCAGAAAUGUCGAAGAUCCCACCUGAUAUAAUCACCGAUAUCCUAUGCAAACAACCCGUCAAGUCUCUCCUUCGUUUCAGAGCCAUUUCCAAAGCAUGCUACUCCUUGAUCGAUGGGCAAGAUUUCGUCAAUAUGCAUCUUAACCAUUCCCUCCAAACCAAGUCCAAUCUCAGCCUCAUUCUCAAAGGUUUGCAUCUCUAUACUGUGGAAUUCGAUACACUGGAUAUCCCACUUGAUCUCAAUCACCCUUUGUACAUUGGUGGUGGAACCGAAGUUAUUGGUUCUUGUAACGGUUUGAUUGUUUUGCGAAACUCUGAACAAGAUCUUGCUUUGUAUAACCCUUUAACGAGAAAGUUAAGGAGACUUCCAGUUUGUGAAAUUGGGUUGCCAAGUGAUUCUUGUAGUCCUGGUUAUGUUUUCUAUGGGUUCGGACACGACCCCAUUAAGGAUGAUUAUAAAUUAUUGAGAAUGGUGCAGUUUAAGGAGAAUGAUCCUGAUGAAAUUGUGUCUUCUUCUUUUGGUUAUGAAGUUAAGGUUUACAGUUUAAAGACGAAUUCAUGGAGAAAAAUUAGUAACUUGCCUAAAUAUUUACGUUAUUUGUUUCAAUUCUUUUACCAUCUUAUGUUUAGAAGAGGAUAUGGUGUUCUUGCUAGUGGUUCUUUACAUUGGAUUGCGCCUCGGAGGCAGGAGCUUGUUGAUGUGCCUAAUUUGAUUGUUGCUUUUGAUCUUGUGAAAGAGGAGUUUCGCGAAUUGUCACUGCCUGAUUAUGGCGAUGAAAGUGACAAUAUUAAUAAGAAUUUUCAAUUGGAUGUGGGAGUCUUGGAGGGGUCUCUAUGUGUUGUUUGUUACCGUGACCAAGUUUAUGCGGAUGUUUGGAUGAUGAAAGAGUAUGGGGUGAAGGAAUCUUGGACCAAGUUGUUUGCUGCUAAACGACCUGGAACAAUGAAUUGUUUAGCAUUUUUGAGACCUUUGGCAUAUUCAAAAGAGGGUGAUAAGGUUCUUGUUGAAGUGAACGGCGAAAAGCUGUUAUGGUAUGAUUUGGAAAAGAAAAGACUCAGGAGUGUGAGGAUCAAUGGCGGUCCAGAUUCAUUUGGAGCAGAAAUGUGUGUGGGAAGCCUUGUCCCUCUAAAUGAUGGAGAUGGUAAAAUCCAUGGAAUGAAGCAGAGGGAGAAAGAGGAAAAGAAGAAGAUUACAAAUAAGAAGAGGGAUGAUUUCUUGUCAAAAGGGUUUAAGCUGGUUUUGUAAUCACCUGAGAAUAGGAGCACCCAAAGUGAAAGAAGUUGUUUCUUGUUGCAGGUUUUCCCUCAGUGCUUUAUGCUUACACUUGAAGCAGCAGUCAACCACAGUUUCAGUACAUAUACCUGAAUGUUCUUCCAAGAAUUUUAGUUGUUUAUUGUAUUAAUUUGAACUUCUUGUACAUUUUCUUUGAGUGAAGGAAAAGAAAAAUGGAUCUGAUUUGCCUUCUAAGCACAAUAGUAGCGCCAUAAGUAGAUCUUUUUGUCAUAUUGGAUUCUAAAAUUAAGGCUGAAAAGUAUGUUCAAACUGAUCAUGAAAUAGAAAGUUACGUUUUGAUGCUUACAAAGGAAAGUAUGAUUUAGUUCUUGAGGCCUAGUUUGUGUAUGUUAAUAAGAUGCUAUAUUUCAAAGCUCCAAUUUCUAAGAAACAUGGUGUUUGGGGGGUCCUGAAGCUAAGUAUCAUGUGUAGUCCUUUUUCC